GACUCCACCAAACCUCUUGCUCAAGCAUGGACCAUGGUGCUGCUCUGGCAUGGACGGAGCGAGCGUUCAUGGUCCCAUCCGACGCGCCGCGCCAAAAUGUCGUACAGUGCGAGCCAGACUUUGGUGACCGCAGAGUGCGAGGAGAAGGGCGGCUGGGGACCACUUGGCUCCCAGCCCUUCAGUUCUGGCCGGGCUGCCGGAGUGUGUGGACGUGGAGUCUGUGCUGCUGGAUUACCUGAAACCUGGGAGGUGCUGCACCGUGCUUGCGACCGCCGACGUGUGACAAGCUAACUUUUCUCUCGGGCGUCGUGUUAUUCGUCUUAUACACACUUUGAAAAUAUCUGCAUGGCCGUCGAGCGUGAACAUGCUGCAUAUGUCUGUUUCUGACACUUUGGAAAACUUUGCUAAACUUUAUGAGUUGGUGAGACGCCCACAGAUAUAAGAUUUCCUACUGCCAUCGAACUAAACUGAAGCACACCUAUACUUGUGUUGUUUUCCUGAGCAUGCAAAACACCCGCGCCCUGCCGUCCUCACUCCGGGGCUGAGCGACAACCUAACCCAUGGUGAGACGCGGCCUGUGAGCGAGGAUGGCGAGCGUCAGGGUCCUGCUGACGGCGGCCCUCGUGGUGGCCAUGGUGGGCGUCGGGACAGCUAACUUCAAUCUCUACCUCACCCAAGCAGAAGUCAAACGGAUUCUAGGACUGACGGCAGAGCUCUACUAUGUCCGUGAGGGUGUAGUAAACGAUUACGCCCUGAACUGGAGGGUGCCCGUGGCCGCCAACGUGCAUCGCCUGUACUUCAAGUGGCAGGCGCUCACCAAGAAGCCCGUGCUGUACAACAUGGCCAUCUGGACCAACGAAACGGAGCCCCCUGGACCAUCACCCAUGGCCCCGCCCUCCGUCAACGUCUCCCUCACCGGCACUGUUCCCACGGAGCCCCUCACCUUCAGGCUGGACUUGCCCUGCCUAGGUAUACGCAGCGCUGAGGUCGAUGUGAUUCUUAACAUCAACGUGACUUCCCCGAGGCCCCGCCAGCCGCCCACCGUCCUCUACUUCAUGCGGCGGAAGAUCUGCUUGGAAGGUGAGGGAGGUCAGUCAGCCGAGACAUACGCCCCGCAUCUCGGCCCGCCGGGAGAACGAGGAGGAGAGGUGUCCAUGCCAGUGGCUUAUUACGUGGUGCCCUCCCUGGCUGGUCUUACCCUCGUCCUCACCAUCAUAGGUCUUGCCGCUUAUGUCAGGAGGAGGAGACUUAAGAGGGACCGCGACCACAGGAUUCUAGACGUGAACGACCUUGGGGUGAAGGCUCGUCCCAUGACUAACUCGACUCUGCUUCGCGCCGCCACCCCCAACAACAACACCUAUACCCUUCCCUCCUCCAUCACCAUCAAUUCUUAUGCCUCCCUCAGGAAACUCACUACUCCCAUCACGCCCCUUACGCCCCUCACCCCAGCCCAUGCCCACAACCAGGUGUCCACAACCGUCUCCCUCACUCAGUGCAGUAGGGAGAGCGGCAGCAGGGACGCUUGUGAUGCCAGCAGAGACAGCGGCAGUAGAGAUACUUGUCAGUCGUCCAGCUCCCUCAGUAGGUCGGAGGUGAUCGUCGACCCGUCCGCUGCUGAGCUCCAGGAGAGGUUCCGACAGAUGGAGGUUGAGAGGCAAAGGGUGCGUCUUACGGCCGUGGCACAUGAAGGAUCCUUUGGAAGAGUGUUCCGAGGAUGGAUUCAACGUGAUCGUCCUGAACAGGACCAGCAGGUCCUCAUUAAGACGGUGACAGAGGGCGCCCCGCACGACGAGGUGGUAGCACUCUACCGCGAGGGCACGCACUUGUUCAAUCUCUACCACAGAAACGUCCUCACUAUGGUCGGCAUCUCCUUCGCAGAUAACAGUUCUCCCUUCCUCAUCUACCCCUUCCACGGGUACCAAAAUCUCAAGCAGUACCUGCAGGAGCACCGCGGAGGACACUUGCGCGCGGCAGAGCUGGUUGAGUUGGCAGUGCAAGCUGCUCACGGGUUGGCUUUCCUCCACACGGCAAAUGUUCUGCACGGAGACGUCGCUGCUAGGAACUGUGUGGUGAGCGAAAAAUUACAGCUGCGGAUCACAGAUGCCGCUCUCUCUCGUGACCUCUUCUCCUCGGACUACGAGUCAGCCGGCGCAGAGUUAGCCAGACCUAUCAAGUGGAUGGCCUAUGAGGUCAUUACCGACCGCGUCAUCUCCACCUCCAGCGACGUGUGGUCUUACGGCGUGUUGCUGUGGGAGCUGACCACCCUGGCACAACAGCCUUACGUGGAGGUGGCGGCGUGUGAGAUGGCCGAGUACCUGCGGGACGGCUACAGACUCGCUCAACCUCUUAACUGCCCUGACGACUUGUACAAAGUGAUGGCCUUCUGCUGGGCCAUCCAUCCCCACGACAGACCCCACGCUAAACUUAUCCUAGACUACCUGGCUGCCUUCCACCAGCAACUCAACAGUUUCAUCUGAUAUACGGAGAAGGGAGGAGGAGGAGGAGGGAAGGGACAAACGAAAACGAAUUCAUCUACAAAUAAGAAAAAGAAAAAGAAAGAUGCAAAGAAUGACGACAGCAAGAAGAAACACAAAGAUAACGAAGAAAAAGAAAAGAAAAUAGAAAAAGUGAAGUUCGAAAAGUAAGAAGGAAUGUGUGCAUCAUAAUACCAUGGACACCUGACAAAAAGUUAAAUAUAGAUCUUCACUUCACAAAGUAUCAAUAGUGGCUUCAUAAAAAUAUAGGAAAAAAAGCUGUGAACGAAAAAACUUCAUCUUUAAUGGUCCCGAGUUUUCCUGUUAAUGGGGGAAAGAGCAGGCUGAGGUCGCAGGUGACACACAGGGAGAGGGGCGGGCCUUACAUGUGGAGGAGAAGCUAGGUUAGGGAGGGAGAAACACCGUCUCCUGCCGCGGCAAGGGAUCUUACCUUCAGGCUGGGCGGGUUUGGUGGCCAGGGCGGCCUAGACAUGAUAGCGAAGCCGAGUGUGUUCAUAGCAGUAGCUUUUCUAUGUCCUUUUACCUAGAGACUAACUAUUUUAGGCAUAUUCUAUGUGCACUUGUAUAGGUUUGUGUCACACCUGGCGGCCAGCACAUAGUCCACGCCGCAGGAUGUACUCACACAGGAGUGGACACCUCGGCCAUGUGUACCUAGCCAAAUAUGUAUGUACGUAUGUAUGUAACGCAAUGGAUAAGUGUUGGUACGUGCACACUAUUAAUGGGACGUACACGUGACGGGGUGCACUGCUGAGGGGGCAGACCUAGCAGGGUGCUCAUUGCGGAGGUGCACACGUCACCGCAGACUCAAGCUAUUCACUAGUCAUUUAGUUUUUUGUACUGGUCAGGACCCGGUUUCCCCCCCCCACUACUACCAUUCCCACGACCCUCAUCCUUUGUAAAGUGUUUGCUUGUGUGCUUGAUUCCCGCUCAGUGUUCCGAGUCCCUUUUUAUAUAAUGCAGUGUGAGCCAGUAAACCGAGUCAAGAUUGAGUCCUUUCAACUUCAUAGCAUAAGGUGUCGUAAGUAUUUUCUCCACACCUUGUCCUGCUUCAGCGGUGAGUCCUUUGGAGCUAAUUGACGUUCAUUUGUUUCUUCCUUCGAUGUUGUUGAUGUAAGACCGACAACCAGUGGGUUAGUGUUACAAGUAAGGCUUUUUUUGUAUCUCUUGUCCAGUGCAAGAUCUUGAUGUGAUAUUUUCUACACCGAUGGAGUCCUAUAUUAGGAGGCCAGCUUCGGAUUGCCGGCGGUGUUCAAAGGCAUUUUGGUACACUUACCCUGGUAGGCGAGUGGCUCUGUGCUCUCCAUUUCAUGCAUUGGUGGUUAUGAGGCACUUCCUUAUGUGAAUAUUAGUUUUAUAAAGUUUAAAAGAAUUUAUUAAUUCAUGGUCUUACUAUAGUGGGUGAUGAAAUAUGGUCACCAUUACUUCAUAUCUUCAUUCAUUUGUUACAUUGUGAGUUUUGGUAACAAGCAGUCAGUGUUAUGCUUCUUCAGGUGUCUAUCUUUGAGGCUGGCCUUCAUUCUUGAGAUGAACACUAAGGGAGGCACACAGGGCAUUUGCAUCUAAAACUAACUUACAAAGAAUCACCGGUGAGUUUAUCACACAAAGAUCGAGAAUACAAGGAUGGAGUUUACGUUGCAUGCUGGAGAACAGUCCUGGUGCCUCAUCUCUUCCUUGGUGUUUCCGAGUGACAUACUCAAUUUGAUAUCAUGGUUUUGCAGCAUGUAACACUCUCAACUCAAUUUGAUGAGGCGAAACAUCGCAGUCAUCUCAACAAGCCCUUUACUUCAGUUUUUUCAGGUUUUAUGAGACUGUUUUAUGAUGUUAUCUAGUCCCUGAAUUCACAAAAAUAUUUAAAAAAUAAAUAAAAAAGUUCCUUAGCACAGGUCACAACUGAAUCAUUCAAGUCUUCGAUAACGUCCAAGGAAAUCCUGUCCAUUUGUUCCGGGGUGAGACAAGGUUUAAAAGUAACUAGAGUUGAGAAGGAGGGAGAUUAAAAAUUGAUAUGGCCAUUUAUUUGUACGUGCGAGAGAGAGAGAGAGAGAGAGAGAGAGAGAGAGAGAGAGAGAGAGAGAGAGAGAGAGAGAGAGAUAUGUAU